GGGAGAGGGAAGUGACGUACGAAAACAAACGGCAAAGAUGGCGUCACAUUCAAACGGAUAUUGAGACAAACAUCUGGGACAACAGACUAGAAUCUGUAAGUCUGGACAGAGUAUCCUCUCUYACCUGGCAUUAUGCCAACGGAAAGACCAGCGGCAGUCACUUCGGAGCGGCUCCGYCAUCAUGACCGACCCAGACGAAAGGACAGUGUGCAGUCCAAGCCCUCCCUGCGGGCCUCACACCCCCGAUCAGCGGCUACUGCAGCCAAGUGCUGCGAGGAUGAGAUCAACAGACUGAAGGAGAUAAUCUGUGCUCUGCAGGCUGAGCGUCAGCAACAGCGUUCCAGGGAAGAGGAGGGGGACAAGCUGGGGGGUGUUGGACUGGGACCGCGGGGGCCCGAGGAGCUACGAUGGAGGAUCAACCAGCUGGAGAGAGACAAGCUGGAACUAACCUCCAAACACAAUGAACAGGUAUCCUCUCUAGAGGGCCAGGUGACCAGGCUGAGAGCAGCAGUGGAGAGAGGAGAGGCACAGAGACAGACUCUUGAGUAUGAUAUGGCUGUAACCAGGAAGGAGGCUGGAGCGGAGAGAAGUAACGUCCAGGAAAACAUGGCUGCUCUCUGCAGUCAGAAUGAACAACUCAUGGAGCUGCAGCAGAAAGUGUGUGUCCUUCAGAAGGCUCUGGAGAUCACCGGAUGGCCCGGGAAGAGGACCAGCAUGCAUUGCAACAGGAAGUGGAGGAGCGGGACGGACGUGCUGAGCGCUAACACAGAGAAUGAUCAGCUCACCGCUGAGAACAAAACACCUACACACCCUGCUGCAG